UUGAAACAGCAGCAGCACCAUUCCUAUCUAUUUUAAGACAAACACUACCCAUUCACAUCUCCACAUCCUCCCGGAAUAUAAAAACCCUACAAUCAAAAUAAGAAUCAGAAUCAGAUCACACACAAGAUACAAAAAAUGAUAGAGGAAAGAAGAGGAGCGCCCUAUGGAAUACUACUCGCCGUGGUUGUCGUCGUCUUGAUUGGGAUCCCUAUGUUCCUUGGUGACGGAGGCGAAGCCUUGACAGAGUUCAUAGCAGAGCUGCUGAGCCCGUUAGGUCUCUUACUUCUUCCCAUCAUUCUCCUCUUAGUCAUCCAAUACCUCUCCUCCGAUUCUGGAUCUUUCGUCUCCAACAUCUUCUCCACCGGCGAGCCAAACUCUAUCCACCGUGCCAGCGGAUCUCCCGUCGGUGUUGCACUUGUCCUCCUCCUCGUACUCUUCCUUCUCUACAAUAAGUUCUCCAUCUUCGGCGGUGAUGAAGAUUCGGAUGAGUAGCCAACCCCAACUAGUUGGAUCUGGUUUUGUUUUUGCUUUUUGUACCUGAAAUAAAUUAGUUUAUACGUACGUAUGUAAAUGGGGUAUAUUGAUGAUUUGAAAUGCAUUGUUUGUUUACCUGUUUU